AUGACAAACUCUACAGGUGACCUAUGUGACCAGGCUGAGCUGGAAGAGAAGACGAGGCUCAUCAACCAGGUUUUGGAGCUUCAGCACACUUUAGAAGACCUGUCUUCCCAGGUGGAUGCUGUCAAAGAGGAAAACCUGAAGCUAAGGUCGGAGAACCAGGUUCCGGGUCAGUAUAUUGAGAACCUUAUUUCUGCCUCCAGUGUCUUCCAGACCAGUGAGAUCAAGAGCAAACAAAAGUAA